AUGGCAGCAGUGUUGUUUCUCUAUCUGUGUCAAGUGUACAGAGAUGUUGAUCUUAUAUUUUAAUAAUCUUACCUUUAUAAUGAGGUUUGUUACAUAUUUUUGUACAGUUUAAGUGAUUUUGUGAUGAAGGAUUUAGUGAUUUUUGGAAACCGAACUAUUUGACUCAUCAAACAACCACCAAUUUACGUCUGACGUCAUUUCUAUGCGAGUGCAUCCACCCAUCUUUGACAAUGGCCAUAGUCUCUGUAAUUACUUUUUGUUCGUAUUUUUGAAACAGCACUGUAAUGUGAAAUCUUGAUUAUAUAUUUGUGUAUGAUUCAAAAUUAACAAUGAUAUAACAAGACAUGAUACCAAUAAAAGAAACAUAUUCAAUUGAAACUGUUAGUUAUAACAGCUCAGGUAUUGGCCUCUUAGCAAUAGGCCUUGAUUAAAAAGAUAAUGGGCCAAAGAAUAAGUGAUUUAAAAGGCAUAUUUGGAGCUAUGGAGGUAAAAGAAUUCAGUGAAGUUGUUGUUACUGGAAGUAAUGCUAGUUGUUUCAUAAAUGGUGGAAGUGCAUCCACCUCAUCCGAAACUAACAAUUUAUCGCAUGAUAACAAUGGAAACAACGAAUCGGGAUUUGGGCUUGAUGAUCAUUUUGAAAAUAUUUAUAGUAAUAGUUCAGACAAUCCAAGAAACAUUGAAGAUAAUGGUAAUUCUAUGCUUUCUCAACUGAGACAGGGCAACUCGUCUAAUUCACAACUGAGUACCGGUAAUUUAGGUUUAAGUCAGAACUCUUCAGAUUCUGGAAGUGUUUUAUUUAAUGUGUCACAAGAAAAUCAAUCUUGCUCUAGUGGGAACGAAAUUAAAUUUUGUACAUCAAAAUCUAUGAGACAAAAAAGGUCACAGAAAGGUACUUGUUUUCCAAAAGAUGUACCAGGAAAUAAUGGAAAAAAGAAAAGAAAUCAUUGGGUAUUACGAUUUAAUUGUGCUAGGUUAAAGGGUGGUAAUAGCAGUAAUGCAGCUGGUUCAGAAAAUGAUAUUGCAGAACCAAAUGUCGGUUGUGAUACUUGUGUUUGCACUGGAUAUAGAAGAACAGAAGAUCAUCACCUUGGUGCUGGUGUCGUAUUUGGAACUGCUUCUCUUCAGCAAAGAAAGAAUGAAUCGGUCAUCAAUAGUGAUUCCAGUAGUGGGGAAGAAGAUAGAGAUUGCAUUUUACGAACUCAGCCAGUCAUAGAUCUGUCUAAAUUUAAUCCCGAGGAUUAUCCUAUUGAAGAUUGUGAUGAACGAGCAAGAUUAGAGAGGGCACGUGAAAUAGCGGAAGGUGUCGAACCCCCUCCGGGUUUCCGCCCUGGUCCUCAUAUCCAGGUUGUGAUUCCGCCUGAGCUUACAGUUGACAACAUCACGGCUCUGUUCCAGUCAGCAGCACUAUCGGCCCUUUCUCAAUUGGAUGUUACGCAGCGAGUUGUUCACACCCAAGUUGAUUACAUUCACUGCCUCGUACCUGAUCUGCUACAGAUAACUUCCUGCUCAUUCUACUGGGGUAAAAUGGACCGUUAUGAAGCUGAGAGACUUCUCGAAGGAAGACCUGAAGGAACAUUUUUACUACGGGACUCUGCUCAAGAAGAAUAUUUAUUUUCUGUCAGUUUUCGUAAGUAUGGACGCUCCUUACAUGCUCGUAUCGAACAAUGGAACCAUAGAUUCAGUUUUGAUUCACAUGAUCCCGGUGUGUUUGCGUCAACCACUGUUUGUGGCCUUAUUGAACAUUACAAAGAUCCAUCUUGUUGCAUGUUUUUUGAACCGAUGUUAACGAUUCCUCUGCAUCGUAAUUUUCCUUUUCCUUUGCAACAUUUAUGCAGAGCAGUUAUUUGCAGCAGAACAACGUACGACGGUGUGUCUCACCUCCGCUUACCAAAAAGUCUCAAGAGUUACUUAAAAGAGUACCAUUACAAACAGAGGGUUAGAGUUAGACGAUUUGAUUCUGAACAAUACUAAGUCAAUGUUUUACAUAUGAAUUUUAAAUUUAGCAAUCAUGUUAAAAAUUCAUCCUGAAUAUUAAAUGAACCAUUCUGUGAA